AUGAAUUAUUCAAACAAAAAGUCGCUUCGAAAACCUGAUAACGUUUAUUCCUCGUAUCUAAACGCAUUUUCAUUUAUACUGAUUUCAAUAUCUUUAUAUUAUAAAUGUCAAUUAACCUUGCCAUCCAAUUUAAAAUUGGCUGGUAAUAAACAAUUUCUAUCAACUUUAAUUUGUCUAUUGACUUUAGUUUAUAAUCUAAUAACCAUUAUAUGUUUUUUCUUGAACAAAAUAAAUAGUAAUCAUAAUCAUAAUCUUAAUCUUAAUAUUAAUCACAAUCUUAAUCAUAAUAAUAAUAAUAAAGACAAACUAAGUGUCAGUUCUUUAUACUAUUUUAAAAACAACUUCAUUCAUUCAAUCUGUUUAAUUAUCCAAUUUUUGAUAUUCGUAAUCUAUUGGCCUUUGAAAUUGUAUAACAGAGAUUUACUUUAUUAUUCUUCAUCCAAUUCAAAAUCUUUUCCGGAUAUAUUAUCUAACCAGCUCUCAUCAUUAACCUCUUCUGCUUCUUCAUCUAAUGUCAAUAACUAUGAUGAAUUAAAUUUUUUAAUUGAACUCACCAUCCAUAUUCUACCUUAUUUAUUAUUAUUAACUGAUUUCUUAUUUUUCUUGCCAAACUACCAAAUUAAGAAAAGAUUAAUCAGUUUACUCAUAGCAGUUUUGAUUUUUUUUUAUUAUGUUUUCUUACUACUAUUGGUUGAUACAGGAUUAAAUCAAAAUUUACCUUACCCUUUCUUGCAAAGUUUAAUUUACUCAAUCAAUCAUAAUAAUAUUAAAAGUAUUUUCUUAGAUGUUUUAAUUAUCUUGGUGGUUUGCAAUUUAUCUUUUAUCGUUUUUAUUAUUCAUAAAAAACUACAUUCAUUAGCUGUUAAAAACAAAAUCAAUGAAAAACCAAUAACAUUUUUGGAAUUGAUUUAA